UUUAACACGUCUACGUGACAUCAAUAGCAAGGCAAGCGAUACAAGUACAAGAUAAAUUAAAAAAAAUACACAGUAAUCCGCCAUUUUUGUUGAGAUUGUAAAUUUAGUUUCCCGCUUUACGUUUAUAGUUUUAAAAAUAAAGUUAUAAUCAUAGUACAUACUUUGUAAUCAAAACAUAAGUUAAGAGAAAUUGUUCCAAAGCAAGGGUCAUGGAUAACCAGAAAGAAAAGGAAAGAGACCGAUCUAGACGUGGGGACAGGCCUUCCCGCUUUUCAGAUGUUGAGAGAGAUCGAUCAAAUGAUCGCGAGCGAACGGAAGGAAAACGAUUGUUUGUGUCAAAUAUUCCCUACGAAUACAGAUGGACUGAUCUUAAAGAUUUAUUUAAGGAAAAGGUAGGUGAUGUAGCCUUUGUUGAAUUGUUCACCGAUGAUCAUGGAAAGCCUCGGGGAUGUGGUGUUGUUACUUUCUCCACUUCGGAAGCUGCAAAGAAAGCUCUGUCUGUUAUGCAUAGAUAUGAGUUAUUUGGACGGAAACUUGUAUUGAAAGAGGAAAUGGGAAAUAGUGAUAGAAGUAGAAAUAAUACAAGAUCAGGUGGAGGCAAUUCCAGAAAUGCUAGAGAUGAAAAAGAUAAUUGGGGUCCGAGUAAGCCAAGGGAGUCUGAGAAUUACAACACCUAUGGCUUGAGUCUACAGUUUUUGGAUUCAAUCAAUGUUCAACCACCACUUGUUAAAAAAGUGUUUGUUGCAAAUUUGGACUACAAAGCUGACCGAGCAAAGAUCAAGGAGGUGUUCAAAAUGGCAGGAAAAGUGUACAACAUUGAUUUGGCUGUGGACAAAGAUGGGAAUAGUAGAGGCUUUGCUGUUAUUGAAUAUGACCAUCCAGUUGAAGCUGUACAGGCAAUUUCAAUGUUCGACAAGCAAAUGUUGUAUGACCGUAGAAUGACAGUCCGUAUGGACCGCGGUACAUCAGAUAAAAAUGAGUUAAAGCUUCCGGAAGGAUUGAAAGGUAUUGGGUUAGGUUUGGGACCUAACGGGGAACCAUUGAGAGAUGUCGCUAGGAAUCUGCCCCAAGGACAGAAUACAACGAACAUUGGUUUGUCUGGAGCUAACACGGCUAUUGGUGGGGGAGUACUGGGUGCAGUGCCUACAGCAGGAGUUGCGCUCAAUGGCCUCGGUACUGGCUUACCUGCAACUACAUUAGGCACAAACGCUGCACUUGGGGGUGGCUUGAGCUUGCAGGCUCUAGGGUUGACAGGUCUGGGAGCUUUACAGAAUCAAUUGCUCCAACAAGGUUUGACGGCUAAUGAUCUAGCAACGGUUCUCUCAGCGCAAGCUAAUGUUAACACAAACAAUUUGGCAAUGAACUCAACGGAUAUGACACCCAACAUGAUGUCAAACACAAAUCUAAACAGUAAUGUUAUUGGCAACGCUGGUCUUAGCAGUGGACCAUUAUCAGGUUUUGGUCCUGUUCCAGGUCCCAACAGACAGAUGGUGAAUACAUCAGUCCAAAGUCAGAACUAUGUCAGGGACACGCGGCCGGAACAAAGUUCAAGAGACAAAAUAUCUGACAUGGUUAUAAUUACUAAUCUGCCGCCCACAGUGACAUGGCAGCUGAUACGCGAGAAGUUCAGCGAGUGCGGCGACGUCAAGUUCGCUGAGAUGACAGCCUCUGACACUGCUGUCGUCAGGUUCCACAAGGAAUGGGACGCUGAAAGGGCUAUUAAAAUGUUUGACAGGACCCGCAUUGAUGGCAGGACAAUUGAUGUGCGUUUCUUCUAAGUGACAUCGAG